UGCACCAUAUGUAGUAUUCAGCUGGUCAUGGGAUCUCAGCAUGUUGGACCCCAUGAGGCAACCCACUUUAUGUAAAAUAAAACAGCUUUUAUUAGUCUACUUUUAUGAUUGGAGUCUGAUUACAUUUUUAAAAAUUACUAUUCAUUUUUGUUUUAUGUAAAACCAUUUUGUUUUAUAUCUGUUGCCACAUCUUGUUAAAUUUCUUUUGGUAAAGCCAGAACAACAUGAACAAUAGGUUGUGCCAGUACCCGCUCCAUCCUAUAGGUGGCAGUGAUGAAUGACGACAGUAUAGCAGCUGUCAUUUACAAGGCAGAGAGAACUAGAAGUGCGAAUCGACGAGGGUAUUGUUGACAUAUCCCGGGAGCCCUAUAAAAGUUUUCAACAGUGCUAUGGCAGUAUUGUCGGUAGCUUCAAAUGCAAGUUUUCAGCCGGACAGUUGAAAACACUGAACCGCCAGAUUACUGUGCACUUCGGUUGAUUUUGUGGAAGUGGCUGUUAUCAGUAUGACUCGCGAUAUCAUUGUUGGAGAUGAGCUGCCCGACUGGGUCGGGGCAAAAGAGUUUUAUCAGAAGUAUGAUCCCAAAGAGGUGAUUGGAAGAGGUGUGAGCAGUGUGGUGCGCAGAUGUGUACACAAACACACGGGGCAGGAGUUUGCGGUGAAGAUCAUUGAGAUCACUGCAGAGAAAAUGACAGAACAGCAGUUAGAGGAGGUGAAAAGUUCCACACUGAAGGAGAUCCAUGUGCUCAAUGUGGUGAAGGGCCACCCGUCCAUCAUUACACUUAUUGAUUCUUAUGAAUCAACAACCUUCAUAUUUUUGGUAUUUGACCUCAUGAGGAGAGGGGAGCUAUUUGAUUACUUGACUGAAAAAGUGACUCUCAGUGAAAAGGAAACCAGGAGUAUGAUGCGUGCUCUUCUGGAGGCUGUCCAAUAUCUACACUCACUAAAUAUUGUACAUCGUGAUCUCAAACCUGAAAAUAUUCUGCUAGACGACCAGGGACACAUUAAACUUUCUGACUUUGGCUUUUCAGUCCAGCUGGGGCCUGAUGAAAAACUAAGAGAGUUGUGUGGAACACCAGGAUAUCUGGCACCAGAGAUUCUGAAGUGCUCCAUGGAUGAGACACACGAGGGAUAUGGGAAAGAGGUUGACCUGUGGGCUUGUGGUGUGAUCAUGUUCACGCUUCUUGCUGGGUCUCCACCAUUCUGGCAUCGUAAACAGCUGCUGAUGCUGAGAGUGAUCAUGGAAGGCCGGUACCAGUUUAGCUCUCCAGAGUGGGAUGACCGGUCUGACACCGUCAAAGACUUGAUCUCAAGGCUUUUAGUGGUGGAACCCACUCUUCGCCUCACAGCCGAGCAAGCUUUAGCUCAUCCUUUCUUCCGUCAGUACCAAAAGGAGGAAGUGCGGCUCUUUAGCCCCAGGAAGACAUUUAAGGCCCUGAUCUUGACCGUGCUAGCUUGUAUACGAAUGCAGUGCCGCUACUACCGAGCCAGACCAUUAACAAAGGAGCUCCUAGCAAGAGACCCUUAUUCCAUCCGCGGUGUGCGCAAGCUGAUCGAUGGCUGUGCUUUCCGCAUAUAUGGACACUGGGUCAAGAAAGGGGAGCAACAGAACCGAGCUGCUCUAUUCCAGAACACAGCUAAAAUCAUUCUACUGGGCCUUGAAGACCUUGAAAACUAAAGGUCAUAUUUUUGUUUCUGAAGAUAUUCCUCGUCUGUCUAUUUACAGUUGUAUUGUUUUUGUCUUUCUUUUUUUUUAAGUUAGGGACUGAUAGCCUGCCUGUCCAAAAGGUGCACAAAACACAAAUAGUUAUAGAUUAUCUUUAAAAGAGGGAUGGCGCUUUUUGAUUUUAACAACAUGCCAUGUGACCUCAUUUUAACCACUCACUGUGGAUUUUAUGUUUUUAAAAUGUAAGUUUUAUCACAAAUAUAUUGGUGGUAUCAUCUGAUAUUGCUUAUUAUAUGGACCAGCUUGAUAUGAAGAGAUAAGUAAAAAAAAAAAAAUGACUCGGAUUUACAAUUACCUAACGGAGCUUGUCUCCUGUUCAGGCUCUCAAGCCUUUGAUUGUUUUUGACACAAAGCAGAUUGUAUUUGAAUUUAUUAUCAUUCUUAUGCUUCGAAAACAAUUCCAGGAUGUUGAAGACUAAACCAUAAAUGGACAAGGAACAUUUAACAAUGUGGAGUGGACUUUAAGACUUUCAAUACAAAGGAUAACAUACUUGAAACAUAGCAUUACAGUUGUGUAACCCUACUGAGAGUUGUUUUGAAAUCCAUACAAAAUUGUGUGUACAGGUUUUAUUCAUUUUUAUUUUUGAAAUAUGUUUUACCACUUGUUGAUUUUUAUCACAGUUGACUAGACAUUAUCC